GGUAGUUUGGUGCCAUCUUGUGGCUUGGCCUUGUAGUAACUUCAACACCCAAAGCCAUUUUAAACAAGGUCAGGGCAGUGUAUAAUGUACUGGGAAUUUUCUCCAAAAUGCAGAUCAGCUACUAUAAAUCUGCAUUUAAAAUGUUGAGAAUGUCUUGUUUCUUAUUUGGUCACAUAGAGAGGCAAAAAUAGUAAGCAAGCAAUCUAAUAAACGAGUCUCAGGCUACACUGUUUGCCUCUAGCUGCUCCUGUUUGAACGGUCCUGGAUGAACAGAUGGAAGUCUUCUGUUCUGCACGAAGGGGAAGGGAACAUACGGAGUGUGAAGUGGAGAGGCCAUCUGAUUGCCUGGGCCAAUAAUAUGGGUGUGAAGAUUUUUGACAUCAUCUCAAAGCAAAGAAUUACCAAUGUGCCCCGGGAUGAUAUAAGUCUUCGCCCAGAUAUGUAUCCCUGCAGCCUCUGCUGGAAGGACAAUGUGACCCUGAUUAUUGGCUGGGGGACUUCCAUCAAGAUAUGCUCAGUGAAGGAACGGCAUGCCAGUGAGAUGAGAGAUUUGCCAAGUCGAUAUGUUGAGAUUGUGUCUCAGUUUGAAACUGAAUUCUACAUUAGUGGACUUGCACCUCUCUGUGAUCAGCUUGUUGUGCUUUCCUACGUCAAGGAAGUUUCAGAAAAAACGGAAAGAGAAUUCUGUGCCAGACCUAGACUGGAUAUCAUCCAGCCGCUUUCUGAGACUUGUGAAGAGAUCUCUUCUGAUGCUUUGACAGUCAGAGGCUUUCAGGAGAAUGAAUGUAGAGAUUAUCAUUUAGAAUACUCUGAAGGGGAGUCACUCUUCUACAUUGUGAGUCCAAGAGAUGUUGUAGUGGCCAAGGAGCGAGACCAAGAUGAUCACAUCGACUGGCUCCUUGAAAAGAAGAAAUACGAAGAAGCUUUGAUGGCAGCUGAAAUUAGCCAAAAGAACAUUAAAAGACAUAAGAUGCUGGAUAUUGGCUUGGCAUAUGUAAAUCAUCUGGUGGAGAGAGGAGAAUAUGACAUAGCAGCACGCAAAUGCCAGAAGAUUCUUGGUAAAAAUACAGCACUGUGGGAAUAUGAAGUUUAUAAAUUUAAGGAAAUUGGACAGCUUAAGGCUAUUAGUCCUUAUUUGCCAAGAGGGGAUCCAGUCCUGAAACCACUCAUCUAUGAAAUGAUCUUACAUGAAUUUUUGGAAAGUGAUUAUGAGGGUUUUGCUACACUGGUCCGAGAAUGGCCUGGAGAUCUGUAUAACAAUUCAGUAAUAGUUCAAGCAGUCCGGGAUCACCUGAAGAAAGAUAGUCACAACAAGACUUUACUUAAAACCCUGGCAGAAUUGUACACCUAUGACAAAAACUAUGGCAAUGCUCUGGAGAUAUACUUAACAUUAAGACAUAAAGAUGUUUUCCAAUUGAUCCACAAGCACAAUCUUUUCAGUUCUAUCAAGGAUAAAAUAGUUUUAUUAAUGGACUUUGACUCAGAGAAAGCUGUUGAUAUGCUUUUGGACAAUGAAGAUAAAAUUUCAAUUAAAAAAGUAGUGGAAGAAUUAGAAGACAGACCAGAGUUGCAGCAUGUGUAUUUGCACAAGCUCUUUAAGAGAGACCAUCAUAAGGGGCAACGCUACCAUGAAAAACAGAUCAGUCUUUAUGCUGAAUAUGAUCGACCAAACUUACUUCCCUUUCUUCGAGACAGCACUCAUUGCCCACUUGAAAAGGCUCUUGAGAUCUGUCAACAAAGAAACUUUGUAGAAGAGACAGUCUAUCUUCUGAGCCGAAUGGGUAAUAGCCGAAGUGCCCUGAAGAUGAUUAUGGAGGAAUUACAUGAUGUUGAUAAAGCAAUCGAAUUUGCCAAGGAGCAAGAUGAUGGAGAACUCUGGGAAGACCUGAUUUUAUAUUCCAUCGACAAACCACCAUUUAUUACUGGUUUGUUAAACAACAUUGGCACACAUGUUGACCCAAUUCUUCUGAUUCACCGUAUUAAGGAAGGAAUGGAGAUUCCUAAUUUGAGAGAUUCCUUGGUUAAAAUUCUGCAAGAUUACAAUUUGCAAAUUCUGCUUCGUGAAGGCUGCAAGAAGAUUCUUGUAGCUGACUCUUUGUCAUUACUGAAGAAAAUGCACCGAACUCAAAUGAAAGGUGUUCUGGUUGAUGAGGAAAAUAUCUGUGAAUCAUGCCUUGCCCCUGUCCUUCCUACAGAUGCAGCUAAGCCCUUCAGCGUGGUGGUCUUCCACUGCCGGCACAUGUUCCACAAGGAGUGCCUGCCCGUACCCAGUAUGAACUCUCCUUCACAGUACUGCAACAUCUGCAGUGCUAAGAAUCGAGGACCAGGAAGUGCAAUUCUGGAGAUGAAGAAAUAGCGGGAUGCAGCUCACCAGUCUCUCCCUUACCUCUCUGUUCUUGCAACCACAAAAGCAUCUGUUGACACCAGUGUUGUAAAGAGACUUGUUCACAGUUAUGUUGUACUCAGAUCAGUUUCUCCGUCUCUGCCUGCCUCCCAGAGGUUUCUCCUUGCUGGUAAUAAAGAAGAUGGGGCUUUUCGUAUGUCUUGAACUGUUCGAGUUCAGAGUCAGUAUUUCAUCCUUUAUUUGUUUGGCUCAUCCCUUUUUUUUAGCAAAUGAAAACAUGUCUCAGAUUUAGAAAUGAAUUUUUUAGACCUUAGUAAAACCAUUCAACCAUGAAGUAUACUGCUGAGAAUUAUCCUAGCUCUCUGAGAAUGUCACCAAAUAUAGUUAUCCAGUAAGCCCUGUCACAGCUUGGAUCUUGUUCUCCCAUGCUCUGCUGCAAUGAUUCUGCCAUUCUGGGCUUGGCUUUUUUUUAUAUAUGGCAUUUAAUGAAAUGCUGUAUAAGUUGUCAUUCAUUCAGUGACAUCUGGGAAUAGCAUUAGCAGCCAAUGUCCUGUGACUUUGUAUUUAUUAACCCCAUUGCUCUGUGCAUUCUGACUGGAAGAGUAUCUGGCCUUGUCAGGCACUCUGUAUUUGUUGGCAGAAUAAAUGUUUGCUCUUCUCAUUUGAUAGACAUUUACUGGAAUGAACAAUUGUCAUUAAGAAGUCUAGUACUCCCUUAAAGAAUAGAAGAGAGUUUCAGCUCCUUAGUAUCUGAGACAUUGAGUUUAGGUUUUGCAAGUAGGGAGGAAAGCUAUCUUGUCAAACCUGAGGGGGAUUCUCAAGAGAAAUGGGAUGGCUUAAUAUCAGAGACUGGGUAGAGGUUGUUCCUUUUUGCCUUUGCAGAGCCUCAUUAUAGAAUAAAGCAUAUAAUGAAAGGAGCUCAAAUGAAUCACCAUGUCUUACAGUUGUUGACUAGUUUUGUGGACACAUUGCCAUCCUCUAAUGGGUGUAACAGUAUGAGAAACUCAUUGUUCCUGUCAUUGGUUCCAUAAACAGAAAUGAGAGCAGCCCUCUGCUGCUGUCCUUUGGUGGGAAAAUGGGAUGCUGAUGAGUCCUGAGCACCUGCA